AUGCCAAACUACGACGAAAAUGCAUUCACGGACUUGGAAGAGGCGCGGGCGCUUAUCAAGAAACAGGUUGACAGCUUCGGCGCGUCGCCGAUCUUCGGCUUCACCAAGUGGAAGUUCUUCCUCGGGGUCGCUAAGACCUACUUAUCACUGUACAUAUGCGGUCGCUGGCCGGGCCAUUACUGGAAGUGGCACGUGUUGCAGUUCUGGGCCCUCCUCCCGAUCCACUCGUACCGCUGGUGGAAGAUGAAGCAGCUAUUAUAUUUUGCGGAAUUGUGUUGGGUUAUGAAUGCGACCAUGUGCACGGUGCUCCCAGUCUGGUACUUCAAUCGUAACUAUUUCGGGCCGGAGUUUUUUGACCAUCUGUGCAGCACCAUUUUCGGCUUCGCCGCGGGACCAUUGGCUAUCGCGGCAUACACCAUCUUCCACAGCACGUUCUUCCUGAGUUGUGGCCUGAGCUUGCGAAAGUAUGGGCACCGGAGCAGUCCUGCUGACCAGCUAGCCCCCAAGCGGCCCACGAUGUUCAGCAAUUUAUUCGGCACGCUCGAAAGCGGCGGAAGCGACACCAUGAGAUACCUCAAGUACGAAAUGUGGAUGUACAGCUCAACCGCUUUAGCCUCUGUAUGUACGUACCCCUUGUAUCGUUUCGGCGGCGAGCGUUUCCAUUUUGCUCAAUGUGUAGCCGUGUUUGCAUCAGCCAUCUGGAACGGCGCAGGUUGGUACGCGUACAAUUUCAGGAAGCUCACCGCUGUGCUGGAUGACAUGAUCGAACAGAAGAAGGGUCCCGCGCUGGCGAUGGCGGGGCACUUGCUGGGCCUUAGCCUGAUGCAGGGCGAUUUCGUGGACGGCGUCGUGCGCUCCGCGGUGUCGGGCCUGAUCGGCCAGCUGAAGCGCGAGUAUCAGAAGGAGACCCAGAGGGAGCUGCAGGCAGCCCACGAGGGCGCCCCCGCCCAGCGCCAUCCGCCCUUGGCGGAGCCUGCGGAGAGCGCCAGCGCUGCGCGCGCGGCCGCCGCGAGGCCGCCCGCGCCCGCGCUGCGGGCCGCUGCGGCGCCGGGCGGGGCGGAGAUGCACGGGAGGGCGCUGGUGAUCCCGGAGCCGCCGCCGUCGGCGCCGCCCGCCAUCGUGGAGCCGCCCGGGCCCGAGGGGCUGGAGCCGCUGUCGCUGCUGCCGCCCGCCAGCCAGGGCCACAGCAGGCGCCGAGAGGGCUCCGACGGAGUGGUGCGGAUGCCCUCGGGCCCGGCCAUGCCUGGCGUGCCCGAGGAGGCGGCGAGCGACGAGGAGGCGGCGGGCGCCAAUCGCAGGGCGAAAAAGGCCUUCCCGCCCGUCGUCCCUGGCGACGGGCCUGCGGGGACAGAGGUCGCCACGCAGGGCAGGAGCCUGAGCGGCCCAGGGAGGGCGAUUUAUGAUUUCGGCUUCCAGGAAAACGACGUGCCGCAGGGCAACGACAUGGAUAUCACUGUAAUCCUGGCGGGCGCGGAGGACGCGCGGGCGGUCGACGAGCAGGAGCGCUGCGACGCGCCGCAAGUCGCGGCGAGACCCAUGGUGAGCCCUGGCUACACCGACCCCGCGGCCAGCGCCGACGUCUACGCGUGGGAGGCGGGUGCGUCCUGGUACCGCACGCGGGACUGCGUCGAGGAGAAGCCGGCCGGCUACGCCUUCGCCGGGCGGGCGGACGCCCGCUUCAAGGUCGCGGGGGCGUGGGCCGACGCGCGCGAGCUCCAAGGCGCGCUCGAGGCAGUGCCCGGCGUGCGGGAGGCCCACGUCUGCAGCCCGGCGGCCGCGUUCGUUGCCCUGGACAGCCUGGACGGCGACCCGGUGCCGGCGCUGCGCCGCGCCUUGCCCCCGGGCUUCUCGCUGCUACUGGCGACGGCCUUCCCUCGCCUGCCUGGCUCGGGCAAGGUGGACUCACGGCGCCUGCGGGACCUCGCCGCGCACCGGGCGUCUCCAGCGGAGGAGGUCGCCGAGGAGCAGCAGCGCCUGCCCCCGCGCUGA